GCGCUUCCCUGCUCACGUGACUCCUCUCCGCCAGAUCGCCGCCAUCAUGGACACGAGUCGCGUGCAACCCAUCAAGCUAGCUAGGGUAACCAAAGUGCUGGGCAGGACCGGCUCGCAGGGACAGUGCACGCAGGUGCGCGUGGAAUUUAUGGAUGACACCAGCCGCUCUAUCAUCCGAAACGUCAAAGGCCCUGUUCGAGAGGGUGAUGUGCUCACCCUAUUGGAGUCAGAAAGAGAGGCUCGGAGGUUGCGCUGACCGUGCUGCUGGGUCCUGGAUAUCCAACACUUGGCCCAUGAUGACCUGCAACUAUUAAAUAAAGCAUUUGUAUUGUUUUAA